AUGAGAGUGGCAACGAGAGGCUGCUUUCUGGCUCGUAGAACGUUCCGGAUGGUCUUCCCGAAAGAAGGAGAAGAUGCAGUCAACGUCCACACGCGAAGUCAACCGAACCACAACCGCACGAGAAACGCGGCCGCAGAACUGAGAGCGCACAAAUAUCGAUCGGAAAUAUGUACCGCUCUCAUCCAACUCUUGGUGCUACAUCUUAUUGUUCGUCAGGCACUCAUAUUUUGCAAAGGUGGAAAACAAAAAGGUACAACGUCAGAAACACCGCCGAAAUCGGCACCCGAAGGCAGACCUCCUGGUGAAGCGUUGCCGGCUGGUGCUACACCACCGGCAGCACCUGCGGCACCUCCGCAGGCUCCAGCUCCACCAACUCCGGCUCCACCAGCCCCAGCUCCGCCAGCAGCGGGUCCUCCUCCUCCAGCUGCAGCUCCGGUUCCACCCCCUGCACCAGCUGGCGACAACAACUAUGAAGAUCUACAUGUCGGAGAUAAUCCUCCUCCUCCACCACCUCCUUAA